UGUGUUUAAUUGUGGCUGGUCUGUGAGGACAGGGCUGGAGAUGCCCUGGCCAUGAGGAGUGUGUUAACUCAGUAUAAUUGGGGGGAUGGAGAGGGAAGUUGGAGCUGUGGUUGUCCCUCCUUGUCAGGCAUGAUGAGGUGCUUGAGUCAGCUCAAGGCAAUGCCAGCUCAGAGACAGCCUGGCUGCCAGCCUCUCUUCCCCAGCCCUGGUGGGACUGUCCUGCCUGGGGAGGAGUCAUGGCCUGUGGGGUGACAACAAUUUGGAAGCACUUGAGUCCUCUGGACCCUCUUGCAAGAAUAAUCCAGGCUCCUCAAAAACUUUAUGCUUUUUCUCCUCACUAUCCCCAAGAAAAGCUGCCUGCUCGUGAGAUUUCAUCCUUGAAGCUGUAAAACUCCUCUCUGUGGGAGCUGUGCCAAGACCUGCAGCCAGUUUAGAAGGCUCCAAUAUAUUUGUAAGUUCAUGGUUGCUGCAGGCUGAGCUGCUAAGCCUUCCUGCAGGCCUGGAAAUUCAAGCACUCAAGUCAAAAAGGACCCUGGGGAAUUUCCUGUGCCUGUGCUCAUUGCCCAAGCCAGGAAGCUGUUCCAGAUGGUUGUACCCUGCCAGGUCUCCUGAGAUCCCAUCAUCUGGCAGGAGCCUGGGCUGGUGCUGCCACAAGGGCAGUGGGACGGCUCUGGCUUGGGAAGGAGGUGUGGAGACAGGAGACUGAUGAAGAUGAGACUUUCAUUUCCCUCAAGCUUUAACUGUGCAGGGGUUUUCCAUGACCAGCAUGGGGAUAAAUGCAGUCAGCAUGAGCUAGAGGUGAGUGCUUGUCUUCCAACCUGGCAGCAGGGCCUCAGCUCCCUAAAUCUCUGUUUACUCUGAGCUGUCUAAUGCCCUGUUGCGAAACCAGGUUCAGGACAAGAAGAAUGAGAGAGUUUGCUGUUGGCUUUCACUGGGGGCUGGGGCAGAGGCUCAGCACUGCCCUGCCAGUCCCUCCUGCCUGUGAGGUGCUCUCCUUGCUCUCCUGCCUCUGUUGGGUUUGUAUCCUGGUAACUUUACCUGUGCUCAGGUGCAGAGAACUCCCUGCAGUCCCUGGAGCUCUGGGAACAUGAACAAAACUCAUCCCCAGAGAAACGGUGAUGUAGCUACUUUUGGUUCAACAGAGACCUUCUCUGGAAAAAGAGGCUGCUGCCAUCCCUGUGGUGCCUGCUGCCAUCCCUGUGGUGCCCGCUGCCAUCCCUGUGGUGCCCGCCCUGGCUGCACACAGAGGCACCUCUGCAUCUCUGCCCUGGCGCUGCUCGUCCUCGCGGCCGCCGUGGCCUCGGCGGUGGCAGCCCUGGCACUCCUGCCACGGGCACCAGUGAACCGCCUCUGCACAGCCCCUAAUAACAGGACAGGCUUCCUGUGUGAUGACAGAGUGACUUGUGUCCCUGCCAGCUGGGUCUGUGACAGAGUCAGCAACUGCAAGAAUGGAGAGGAUGAGCAGGAGCAGCUCUGUGGUGACUUGCCUCACAGCCUCCCAGGGUACCUGGUUUUCUACUGCAGCAACCCCAGAUCCUGGGUUUAUGCUGACCAGAGGUGCAACGGGAUGAACGACUGCGGGGACUGCUCUGACGAGUCCUGGAGCUCAGCUGCCUGUCCCCCGUGUGGGCAGGAGUGGUGGAGCUGCAUCUCCGUGCACUUCGAGUUCUGCUCCUGCAUCCCCCGGAGGCUGUGCCGGGAUGGAAUCCAGCACUGCCUGGGCUGGUCCGACGAGUUCCUCUGCCCAGCCUGAAUCCUGGUGCCCAUCCCUGCUGGGGACAGCAGGGUGCUUCCCACACCUCACCCUGGAGCCUGGGGUUCUGCCCUGCCACCUGCUUGGGGAGCUCCAGCCCGAGCAAAUCCCCCUCACAGCGCGGUGACACCGACAGAUCCCCCUCACAGCGCAGGGACAGCAACAAAUUCCCCUCACAGCGCAGUGACAGCGAGCAGGGCUUGUGGCAGCCCUCAACUGGACACUGGCUGUGGGACAGCUGCCAGGAGGCUGUGCCAUGUCAAGGGGACAUUUCCUUCAUGGGCAGCACUGGGUUGGAUGCUGGGCUGGAGAGGCUUCACCAGCCACGGCUGGCACUGCCUGGGCCAGGGCUUCCUCCUCUCUGGACAUCUUGGGGCCUCUGCAGGCCACCACACCGAGAGCUGCCCUGAGCAGCAGGAGCUGAGUGAGGUUCCAUAGGCCUGAUCUUCACUGGUGCUUCUGUCUGUGUUCAGAACACACCUGCAGGUGCUUUCAGCAGUGGCUUUGAGGGCUCUGAUGCUCCUGGGACACUUUCUUGGGAAUGCUGUGCUGGGAGUGACACUGUGAGGUGUCACCGUGAGCUGGGAGUGACACUGUGGGGAGCUGCUGCUCAGGCUACCUCCUGCUCUCUUCUCAAACCAUGAAGGACAACACAGGGAGUGUAAUGGCAUGGAAAACUGGAGAAGUUUCAGGGCUUGGGGGGAUAAAUCAUGUCCCUGUGACAGGGUAGCUGUCCCUGAGAGCCAGGGCAGGGAACCAUCAUAAAUAAAUAACCUGCUCUUCACUCAGGGCUGUGCAGUUUUGCAGCAGCAGGCUCAGAACAGCCAUGGAGCUGGGAUGGGUCUCACCGAAGCUGGCAAAGAAAGGAGGAAAAGGAAGUGUCAGCCUUGGAGCAGAGAGCAGCAGAAAAUCAAGUGCAGCUCCCAGGGUGGUGUGGGAUGACACUGGAUCUGUUUGCUGCUUGUUUUGUUCCUCUGCCAGCAGGGCACAGUCAGGCAGCCAAGCCUUCCAAGCAGUCCUCAGGAUAUAGGUGUGGACAUGACACUGAAAUUGAAAAAGAUGAGGUUUUCUCUGCUCCUUUGAAAAUAUCAUCUGUGUCUAAAACAUCGAGGAAAACCCCACAUUUACAGUGAGUAUUCUUAUUUUUCUAGGCCCAAAAGAAAUCCCAUGAGGUGAUCUUCUUCCCAUUGCCACCUCAGGUCACAGAUAUUUAAAAAUAAACCCCUGUUCCCUCAUUUCUUCUCAGUCCUGUGAUCUGCAGCUCUGCCUGUCACUGUAACUCAGAUCAAUGGUGAAUGUUGCUUCUAAUUUGUCACUGGGAUACAGCUGGAAAUCUGAGAGAUCUUUUUAUAAAUAGCUUUACAGUAUUGUGACUCACACUCUGCCUGGAAUGAGAUGGCAAAACUCUUCACAGGGGAAAGGUAAAGCUGCUUUCACUCACCUGUCUCUCUACAGGCCUGGCCAGGGUGCACAGCUUGUUUUCUCUCUGCCUGUAAAAUGUCAUCCCAGUGCAGUAAGCAUUGUUUAAAAAAAUAUAUAUAGGAACCCUUAUGCUCAGGACCCAGGUAAGGGGUUUGGUAAAAUUAGGAUUGGUAAAAAAAAUGUGCAUCUCUCCAUGGUCAGAUCAGCAUAUCUCCAAUGGUGGAAGGGAUGGCCAAAAAUUCCAUGGUGGCAAUUGCACCAGAGACAGCUUGAGGGGGAAGAUUGCAGAUCUUCCUCCCCACUGAGCCACUGUUUUGAAUCACACUUUGUGCCAUAAUUUGUCUCAGCAGAGAGCUGAUGUAGUUGUCAGGGGAAGGUAUUAAUAGCCUUGAGUUUCUGGGAAAAGAAAUUAGGAUUUGAAUGCAAGUGUGCCUGCUUUGUUUGUGUGUAGUCCUUUUUUGAGGAAAAUUCAGCAGUAAGGAAAAGACAAAGGGGUUUUGUUCUUUAUGCAUUUCUGAGCUGAAGUUCAUUUUCUUGGCCUCUUCAUGGUUUCCAAGGAUGUGAUGCUUUUUCUUGGUGAUGAAUUAUGGUAGACAACAGUGUAAAAGGAAGAAGCACUAUAGGGGAAACCUGGAGAAAAUCCUUGGCCUCAUGAGGCCCAAGAGGACAACGAUGAGCACUGUGCUCCUCAGCCAGUUGUGAUGGAAACACUCAGGGCAGGAAUUCAGUGUUUAACAGUUACCUGCAGCAUUAGAGCUGCACACACCAACACAGAACAGGUCUGAGUGUCCAGGUGAUUUACAGCUGAUCUGCAUAAUUAAUAUUUGAAUUAUAAAUGCCCCUCAGUGUUGUCAGAUGGAGAAGCGCAGUUAGUAUUGUGUAUUGCAGUAUUGCAGGCACACUGAAAAUGGGUUUUAAACCACAGAAUGAUCUCAAAUGCAGUGAAUUUGCUUGUAAGGGAGAACAAAUUAAAACUGCAGAGCAUAGUCUCUACAGUAACCUCAUUCCAGCUCUCAUUUCCUGGGCUAAAAUGAGAAAGAAAAGGGACUUGUGUUCCACUUUGUGCUUCUGCAAUGGCUGUUGCUGAGGUGUUGCUGCCUCUGCCUCCCUUCCCAGAGGUCUGUGCUUAUCCUUUGUGCUCCCUCCCUCUGCACAGCCCCAUCAGCACAGCCUGGUGCUUUCAGGCUGAGCUUUCUGUUCUAGCAGCACUGUAAACAUCCCAUGGCACUGACAAGCCCAGUGCAGCCUCAUUUCAGAUGAGCUGCAGUGAUUUGUGUCCUGGCCCUCGAGAGGCAGGAGAGCAGCAGGAAUAGGAGCAGCUGUUUUGGUGAAAAACACCUUCAUCAGAAGAGUUAGUUAAGGAUGAC